CAACAAACCAGAAACAAAAAGCAAACAAGAAUGUGUAUUCUACAUGGGUUUCCUCUUUCCAAAUGGAUAAAGACUGACCAAAGCUGCAGAGAUAAUCCAUAAGAGACUUCAUCCCUCCUCUCUGGCAUACACAGAUCACUACAGAUUGCAGUUUGCACACACACAUGCUGGCACUGAAAAAAGAAGCCAAAUGAUACAGCAACAUAUAACACAGGGAAUUUAAUUUUUAUUAUUAUCAUUUUUUCUAAGAACUCACAAACACAAGUAGCCUAGGAUUUCGACAAAGGCUGCCAUCAUGAGUCUUAAACAAGCUUGCAUCUUUCUCAGAGGAGGAACAAGGAGACAAACCAGAAGUCUUACAAAUGAUGAGAUAGAAGAGUUACGUGAAGCUUUUGUAGAGUUUGAUAAAGACAAGGAUGGUUUCAUAAGCUGUAAAGACUUGGGGAACCUAAUGAGGACCAUGGGUUACAUGCCAACUGAAAUGGAGCUGAUAGAGCUGAGCCAGAACAUCAACAUGAAUUUGGGGGGACGGGUGGAUUUUGAGGAUUUUGUGGAACUGAUGACCCCCAAGCUUCUGGCUGAAACUGCAGGGAUGAUUGGGUUGAAGGAACUUAAAGAUGCUUUCAAAGAGUUUGACAUAGAUGGUGAUGGUUCUAUCACAUCUGAUGAGCUGAGAAAUGCCAUGAUAAAGUUAUUAGGUGAACAAACCAGCAAAAAUGAAAUUGAUGCAGUGGUCAGAGAAGCUGACAACAAUGGAGAUGGAACAGUUGACUUUGAGGAGUUUGUGAAAAUGAUGUCACAGAAAUGA